UUACCCCUUCACGACAUAAGAGAAAGAGAAAAGAUAUAGAAAAAGAAAGUGAGUGAGAUGGAGUUGAAGAAGGUGGUGUUGGUGAAGGCAGCUUUGCUGCUUUUCUUCAUUUGCUUCACUGCAAGUGUGGAUGCACGCUUCGAUCCAGGAUCUUUUAUCACUCAGGUGUUCUCCAACGGUGAUGCCAUUUACAAUGUGAAAUCCACAACCACUGCAUGUUGUGAUAAAUGUUUCUGCACAAAAUCAAACCCUCCCCAGUGCCAAUGUAACGAUGUUGGAGAAACCUGCCACACAGCUUGCAAAUUAUGCGUUUGUGCACUGUCAUAUCCUCCUCAGUGUCGUUGCAUGGAUAACACCAGCUUCUGCUAUGACAAGUGUGACACCUCCAAACCCAAAGCUCACUAGGAAUGAGCAAGUUUCAAUAACCAUGUUCUGAGACAAAGCCACUUAGGCUUUGUUUUCGUGUAUGCAUGCAUGAGAAUAAAUUACUAUGUUAAUGAAAAUAGUACUUAAUCGACCAAGCAUUUGCUUUUCGGCAAAUCGCUGGUCAUGGUCUUUGUUUUAAUUAUGUUGCUCUCAUUCAUGUUCCCUCUCUCAUUGUCAUCCUAUAGUCAUCAUCCCUACUAGUAAGCGUUUCUCCCAUCGUUGCUCUUGUUAGUCCUCUUGGUUUUUGUAGAUUUGUUUGGUUUGAAUUAAUUGGUUGUUUAGGGUUUGA